UGCAGAAUACCCCUCUUCCCUUCGAUGCCCUAGCGAAAGAAGGUCCCCCGGCUUCCGAUUUCGAACGCGGCACGAGCCACGCCGAGUUCGUCGACUCCUUCCCUCGUCGGAGCCGUCGCGCCGCUGAUUUAUGCGUUAAAUUCUGUUCGAUGGAUGGAUGUAUUCGUUGUAAACUUUGAUUUGGGAGUUUAGGCCGGGUUGCUUAUGUAAAUGGGCUGCAUUCCAUCGAAGAAAGUCAGAGAGCAGUUUGCUAGGUACGAGGACCCCUUGCUUUUGGCCUCUCAGACUGCAUGCACCUCUAUUAUUCAGCGUGCUUCUGCUGCUUGAGUUUGCCUAAUUGGAAGUGCUUUUGUGAAAGGCAGAAACUAUUAUUUGUCAAAAGUGCAAACCGUGAAUUGCGUAGUGGUGUGAAUAUGGGUUAAGUUGAGGUUGUUUGUCAAGACGCACAUAGUUUUUGGAUGAGAAGAACUGUUCGUUGCAGGCUUUAUGGCUCAGCAUUCAUCUCUCCUUCACCGUCUACUGACUCUAUUGGACACCGGAUCAACUCAAAUAACUAGAUUCACAGCUGCACGACAGAUUGGAGAAAUUGCAAAAUCACAUCCUCAGGACUUGGUCUCCCUUUUGAAAAAGAUAUUACAGUACCUUCGAAGCAGGAACUGGGAUACAAGAGUUGCUGCUGCCCAUGCUGUAGGCGCAAUAGCAGAAAAUGUCAAACACACAUCGAUGAAGGAACUAUUGGCAUCUAUUGAAUCAGAGAUGUUUGAAGCUGGGCUUCGCGAUGCUUCUAAAGAUAUAGGGUUGCUUUUGUCAAAUUUUCAUCCCAAGAAUCUAUCAGGCCUCUCUUUCGUUAGCUUUGACAUCAACAAAGUACUGGAGUUUGGCUCGCUGUUGUUGGCAUCGGCGGGACAGGAAUAUGAUGUCACAAAUGAUAGCAGCAAGACUCCGGCAGAGAGGUUGGCUCGUCAAAAACAAAGUCUUCGCCGUCGUCUUGGUUUAGAUGUUUGUGAGCAAUUUAUAGAUGUUAGCGAUAUGAUCAGGGAUGAGGAUCUUCUCACACAAAAAGGUAACUCAAGUGGAAAUGGGCCUAAUAAUGGAUACCAUGUUACCAGAUCCGGUCAAAAUAUCCAGCAUUUGGUGGCAACCAUGAUCCCCGGCUUUCGUCCUAGAGGGUUAAGUGCGAGGGAGUUGAAUAUGCUUAAAAGAAAAGCAAAAGUAAGCGCAAAAGAUCAUACAAAAUGCUGGUCUGAGGAUGAUGAGCUUGAGGUGUCGGUUUCCCAAUAUCCAGUGGCAUCUAGAGAGACUUCAGAUAUGCCAGCUGCAAGCAAGGGUCUUGUGAAUGCAGUUAUUGAGGCAGAUAAAGAUGAACUUGACCAGGAUGGUAGAUGGCCUUUCCAGCAUUUUGUGGACCAACUCAUUCAUGAUAUGUUUGAUCCCAUCUGGGAGGUGCGCCAUGGGUCCAUUAUGGCUCUAAGAGAAAUUCUGACUCAUCAUGGUGCCUGUGCUGGAGUGUUGUCUGUGGAUCUUAACUUGGAAAAGUCCUGGUUUGGUGAUAUAGAGGACAUAAAGUGUGAGAAACAAAUAAGCGAUUCCUGGAAAAUUAAUCUGAAUGUUCAUUUUCCAGUUGAUGAGGAUGAACCUCCGCUAAAAAGGCACAAGUCUGGUAUCGAAUUUAGUGAUAAUGGAAAUAAACUUUGUUCUGUAGAGUCUGUUGGUGGGGAAAUUAAAGAUAACUCUAUCAUGGGCACAAUGGAAGGACAAAUUGUCUAUCCUACACUGGUAAAAGAUGAUAUUGUUGGAACUCAUGUUAAAGUGGAAAUGGAACCAUCUUCUGGCGGACUUAAUUAUCAUUGCAAGUUGGAGGAUGCUGCCUCUCUUGAAUCAUCUUUUGAAGAUACCUGCUCUAUUUCCAAAUUAGACUUAACAACAAAUCUUCCUAAGGCUUCCAAACUUAUGAAGUUGAUUAAAUUAGCUAGGUAUUCCCGGAUGAAGAACUGGGAAUUUUUGCAAGAUUGUGCUAUCAGAUUUUUGUGUAUACUAUCCUUAGAUCGAUUUGGUGAUUACGUUGCCGACCAAGUUGUUGCACCCGUUCGCGAAACUUGCGCUCAAGUUCUUGGGGUGGUUUUAAAGUACAUGCACCCUUCAUUGGUUAUGGAGACAUUAAAGAUUUUAUUACAUAUGCAGUGCAGACAAGAAUGGGAGGUACGGCAUGGCUGUCUACUUGGGAUAAAAUAUUUGGUUGCUGUUAGGAAGGAAAUGCUCCAGGACCUGUUACCUUAUAUUCUCCCUGCAUGUAAAGCUGGACUUGAAGAUCCGGAUGAUGAUGUUAGAGCUGUUGCAGCUGACUGCCUGGUACCUGCUGCAGCAGCCAUUGUUUCUCUCAGUGAUAGAAUGUUACAUUCAAUUGUCAUGUUGCUUUGGGAUAUUUUGCUUGAUUUGGAUGACUUGAGUCCAUCAACUAGCAGUGUAAUGAACUUGCUGUCUGAAAUAUAUUCUCAGCCAGAAAUGGUUCCGAAGAUGCUCGGCACACUGAAGGUAAUUGAGAAAGAGGACCUAGACCUUAACAAGCUGUCUCAGCCGGAUGAUCAUGUUGAUGGGAUUAAAUGUGCAGAUAAUCCCUAUGUUUUAUCUAAGCUAACACCUAGAUUGUGGCCUUUCAUGAGACACAACAUCACAUCAGUUCGCUAUUCUGCUAUACAAACUUUGGAGAGGCUUCUUGAAGUUGGUAAUAGAAGUUCCGAGUCCUUAGACAAUGGAUUUUGGCCAUCUACUAUCUUGGGUGAUGCUUUGCGUAUUGUUUUCCAGAAUCUCCUUUUAGAGUCAAAUGAUGCGGUUCUUUUGUCUUCUGAAAGGGUUUGGAAGCUUCUGCUUCAGUGUCCAGAACAGGAUUUGGAAACUGCUGCGAAGUUAUAUUUUUCUUCUUGGAUACAGCUCGCUGCCACUCCAUAUGGCUCGGCUUUGGAUGCCACUAAAAUGUUUUGUCCAAUUGCUCUUCCUCGCAAAAGCCAUUUUAGAGCAGCUGCCAAGAUGAGGAUUGUAAAGAGUGAUAACGUUGCUAAUACAUGCUUAGCUUCUGAGGUAGCAAAAGAAAGUAUGUUGCAGGAAAAUAAGGUUGAUUUUGCUACUAUUAGCACAAUAAUAAUUGUCGGUGCAGAUAGUGAGAAACCUGUCACACAUACAAGAGUAAUUACAGCUUCAGCUCUUGGCAUCUUUGUCUCUAGGUUGCCUGAAGUUUCUCUUCCUGUUGUUAUUCAUCCAUUAUGGAAUGAUCUUACUUCUUUUUCUGGAGUUCAGAGGCAGGUAGCUGCAAUGGUUCUUAUUGCUUGGUUUAAAGAACUGCGCAACAGGGACUGUCUGGAAGCACAAGGUAACUUAUUGGGUCUUGUAGAGCAUGUCAGAAAUUGGCUUUUGGAUUUAUUAUCAUGUUCCGAUCCAUCAUUUCCAACAAAGGAUUCUCUUCUUCCUUAUGCUGAGCUUUCAAGAACUUAUGCAAAAAUGCGUUGUGAAGCUAAUAUUUUGUUCCGAUCAGCUGAGUCUUGUGGUAUGUUUCAGAGUCUGAUUUCAACUAUGAAUAUUGAUUGUGCUACACUGAGUGUUGAUGAGGCAAUCAUGUUUGCUUCAAGGCUAUCUGAGCCCGCUGAUUCUGUAACCUGUGAAAAAGCUGCCAUUAAUGAUUUAGAGUCUGCAAAACAGCAACUUCUUUCCACAGCAGGGUACUUGAAAUGCGUACAGAACAACUUGCAUAUUUCUGUUUCAGCGAUGGUUGCUGCUGCUGUGGUAUGGAUGUCAGAUCUACCUGCCAAGCUUAAUCCAAUUAUUUUACCUUUGAUGGCUGCUGUUAGGAGGGAGCAGGAAGAAACAUUACAACAAAAAGCUGCAGAGGCACUUGCUGAGCUUAUUUUUAGCUGUAUUGGGCGAAAGCCUGGUCCAAACGACAAACUAAUCAAGAAUCUGUGCAGCUUAACUUGUGCAGAUUCUUCAGAAACUCCUCAGGCAGCACACAUUGGUUCAAUGGAUGUUAUUGAAGAUCCCAAUCUUUUUUUGUUUGGUAGAUCACCUAGCAUUCAAAAGUCAAUGGCUCAAUUUCUAUCCGCAAAUGAGGAUAAGGCAAAGGCAGAGGGUUUUAUAAGCAGAAGAGGAGCAGAACAGGCUCUGAAGCAUCUGUGUGAAAAAUUUGGGUCUUCCUUGUUUGAUAAACUUCCAAAGCUCUGGGACUGCCUCACAGAGGUUCUCAAACCUAUUCACUUUGAUGAAACUCAGCGGAUUGCAGAUAUGAUUGAAAUAUCCAAUCAAACGGAUCCUCAGAUUUUGAUUAACAACAUUCAGCUUAUAUGUGCAAUUACGCCUUUGGUGGAUGAGUCAUUGAAAGCAAGACUGCUAACCCUUCUUCCAUCAGUACUUAGCUGUGUUCGUCACUGCCAUGUCGCAGUUAGGUUGGCAGCAUCUAGAUGUAUCACUUCUAUGUCCAAGUCAAUGACAACUAGUGUAAUGAGAGUGGUCAUUGAAAAGGCUAUUCCAAUGUUGGCUGAUACUUCCUCUUUGCAUGCUAGGCAAGGAGCUGGCAUGUUGGUAACCUUGCUUGUUCAAGGUUUGGGCCUGGAGCUAGUUCCUUAUGCUCCUUUGCUUGUUGUACCUCUUCUUAAAUGUAUGAGCGACUGUGACCUCAGUGUCAGGCAAGGCGUAACACAUAGCUUUGCUGCGCUUGUACCUCUUUUGCCAUUAGCUAGAGGACUUCCUUCUCCAUUUGGUCCGAGUGAAAGUUUAUCAAGAAAUAGUGAAGAUGCACAAUUUUUGGAGCAACUUCUUGACAAUUCUCAUAUUGAUGAUUACAAGCUCCCCAUUGACAUCAAAGUAACACUACGGAGGUAUCAACAGGAAGGAAUUAACUGGUUGUCUUUUCUGAGACGAUUUAAGCUACAUGGAAUAUUGUGUGAUGAUAUGGGACUUGGCAAAACGCUGCAAGCAUCAGCAAUAGUAGCAGCUGACAUUGUAGAACAGCGUGCCAUCAAUAAUGGCAAAGAUCCUUUAUCAUUAAUAAUGUGCCCUUCCACAUUAGUUGCACACUGGGCAUAUGAGAUUGACAAGUAUGUUGACAAAUCUGUGAUGAUUACACUUCAAUAUACAGGUUCAGCCUCAGAAAGGCUGUUACUUCGUGGAAAAUUUGACGAGUACAAUAUCAUUAUAACAUCUUAUGAUAUAGUUCGGAAAGAUGUUGAUUUCCUUGGAAAACUUGCGUGGAAUUAUUGCAUUUUAGAUGAAGGGCAUAUUAUCAAGAACUCGAAAUCUAAAAUAACUUCUGCAGUUAAACAGUUGAAGGCAGAGCAUCGACUUAUCUUGAGCGGCACACCUAUACAAAAUAAUGUACUGGAGCUUUGGUCCCUCUUUGACUUUUUAAUGCCUGGGUUUCUUGGUACGGAGAGACAGUUCCAAGCAACAUAUGGAAAACCACUAAUGGCUGCUAAAGAUUCAAAAUGCUCUGCUAAGGAUGCUGAAGCAGGCGUGCUUGCCAUGGAAGCAUUACAUAAGCAGGUCAUGCCAUUCCUGUUGCGUCGAACAAAAGAUGAAGUUUUGUCCGAUCUUCCAGAGAAAAUUAUUCAGGACAGAUACUGCAACCUAAGUCCUGUACAACUUAAACUGUACGAGCACUUUUCAAGUUCAGAUUCCAAAAAGGAAAUCUCAUCAUUAGUUAUAGGGAGUGAGGCCAGCAGUGAAGCAGCUGAUAAAAUAUCUCUUAAGGCAACCUCUCAUGUCUUCCAGGCGUUACAAUACUUGUUAAAACUCUGUAGUCAUCCGUUGCUUGUGAUCGGUGAAAAUCAUCCGGAAUCUCUGAAUGGCCUUCUGGCUGAAGUUAUUCCUGCUUGCAGUGAUCUUCUCUCGGAGCUUCAUGAGCUGCACCAUUCUCCGAAAUUGGUGGCUCUUCAAGAAAUUUUGGAAGAGUGUGGGAUUGGCACCAACACUAGUUCAGAAGAUGCUAUUUUGGUAGGACAGCACAGAGUUCUGAUUUUUGUGCAGCACAGAUCUCUUUUGGAUAUUAUUGAGAGGGACCUAUUUCGUACUCACAUGAAGAGUGUUACAUAUUUAAGGCUUGAUGGAUCUGUUGAGCCUGAGAAACGUUUUGAGAUUGUAAAAACAUUCAAUUCUGAUCCAACUAUAAGUGUGUUGCUAAUGACAACGCAUGUUGGCGGGCUUGGUUUGAACUUGACUUCUGCUGAUACUUUGAUCUUUAUGGAGCAUGAUUGGAAUCCUAUGAAGGAUCACCAGGCAAUGGAUAGGGCACAUAGGUUGGGCCAGCGAAAAGUUGUAAAUGUUCACCGUCUCAUCAUGCGCGGUACAUUGGAAGAGAAGGUUAUGAGUCUUCAGAAGUUCAAACUCUCUGUUGCUAAUGCUGUAAUUAACGCGGAGAAUGCUAGCCUUAAAACAAUGAACACAGAUCAGUUGCUUGAUCUGUUUACUCCUUCAGCCUCUGUAAAGGUUUCUGGGGCUUCAAGUUCCUACGGUGUGGAUCAGGAUUCCAGGACAACAGGCAAAAAAGGCCUGAAGACCAUACUCAGUGGACUUGGGGAGCUUUGGGAUCAGUCUCAAUAUUCGGAUGAAUACGAUCUCAGCCAUUUUCUGGCAAAACUGAAUGGCGGAACAUGACCAUACAAGUUGUACAUCGGAGGAAGUUUUCACAAGCCUGUCGGCACAAAUUUUUUUGUUCUUUUCCUUUGUAUAUUUUAAUUUGAUUAGGAUAAAAGACUGGCUAACAAAAUUGUAGACAGGUUGUAUCAAUCAUUCCAUGCUUGCUUGCCUUGAAAGGUGAGCAUGGCGUAAUGUAUAAAUAUGUUUUUAACUUAAUGGCCAAGUAAAAUUGUCUUGUGUAAUGUAAUGUUCAUCAGCAGAAUGCUGAUUUGUUUU